GGUUAGGUUCCUGUGGUUCACAAGUCAGUGGUGCUUCAUGGGAGGCUGCGAGGUGGUGGGUGUCUCUCCAAUUCAUUCCCUGGAGUAGAAGUGCAUGAGUGAGUGAGUGAGUGAGUGAGUGAGUGCGGGUGCUGCCAGCUGGGUUGCCAUCUGCCUGACUUUAUCACUCAAAGACUAACCAAGGCAAGAACACGAAGGGAUUCAGUGUGUAAGGGAGCCGUGAGGUGACGAGGUGGACAGUCUUACACCAUCCACUUCCUUGUCCCGUGUAUCUGAGGGAAGAGACACACAGUAGGCCUGCCGCCUGGCUGCCCGCCCAGCGCCGCCCAGAGUUGUGCUGUGACGGCUGAGCGACACUGGCGUCACCUCACUCAUCUUGGUGCACCGUGACGCAGAGACGACCGCCCUGCGGAGCCCCAACACGGUGCUGGCACAGCCCCGCCCUUUGGUCAUGACGCGUGAGGCAAUCAGGUGGUGAGCACACUCCUGUGAAAGAGGACCUGACCCUAAAAACUUCCACCGGUGUCGCAGAGAAAUAAUACGUGCAGGAUGCAGCGGCGAGCCUCACGGCCAUGGCAGGGCACACAGGAAGGUGGCCGCGGCCUGAGGUGACCCUGACUGCCUCGCGGCGGCGCGGGCAGGGACUCUCGCUGUGGUGCGGCAGAGAGGCGCGUUCCUGGCCAGCGGCAGCGACCAAUCCUCACAGCCUUGGUGGCCUACGUUAUUUUCGUCACGUGGCUCGCCAGCAGGCUGGACACCACUCUUCGUCCAUAACAUCACUGAUGAGGAGGUUCUUGGAGCAGCGCACGAAGAGGCACAGCGACACAAUAACUAAAAGGAGUCCUUCAGGAAGAGCAUCCCAACAUCACUUGUUCGUCAAACCUCUUCCCUUAUUUCAUGCUCAGCUCCUUCAGUACUGGGACACAUUUUUACCUGAGAUUUGUGUAUGAUAAGACCAUUUGAUUGACAUUAGGAAGGGUCUAUGGAGGUCAGGAAGUGAAUGGCCACAGUCUUCACUAUAUUAAUCCCCCUAUGAGUUUCUGAAGCUGUAUAGAAUCACCAAAUGGUCACAAGAAUCAAUAUGGAAACGCGUCAUAGUAUUGAAGGGGUUAAUUGCAUCGCCUGUCACAAACUCGCCAUUACGGUGAAAAGAAAGAAAAAAUACAAAUGAUAAGUAAAUAAUGA